AUUGCUGUUGUCAAUACAGAUGUCAGUUUUGGAUGACGCACUAUUGAAGAAAAAAAGAAUCUACAUCUAUAUAUUUAUAAAUCGCAAUAAUAAUUCUAAUAGAAAGUGAAUAUUUCAAAUAUUAAUAGUGCUUUUGGACAAAGAGAUAUAUAAAAACAAUCACGAUGAGUUUUUUCGGUAAAAUGUUUGGUGGCAAAAAGGAACAAGCUCCAACUACGGGCGAAGCAAUACAAAAACUACGAGAAACUGAGAAUAUGCUUAUCAAGAAACAAGAAUUUUUAGAAUCCAAAAUCGAAGAGGAACUAAAUACAGCUAGAAAGAAUGCAUCCAAAAAUAAAAGAGUGGCCUUACAAGCAUUGAAAAAGAAGAAGCGUUUAGAAAAACAAUUGCAACAAAUCGAUGGCACCUUAUCUACAAUUGAAAUGCAGCGCGAAGCACUUGAAAGUGCCAACACGAAUACUGCUGUUUUGACAACAAUGAAAAAUGCCGCUGAUGCGCUUAAAGCAGCCCAUCAAAAUAUGGAUGUUGAUAAGGUCCAUGACAUGAUGGAUGAUAUUGCUGAACAACAAGAUGUGGCGCGUGAAAUCUCUGAUGCCAUUUCAAAUCCUGUAGCAUUUGGUGCUGAUAUUGACGAUGAAGAUUUGGAACGCGAACUAGAUGAACUAGAACAAGAGAACUUCGAUAAGGAGAUUAUCGGCAUACCAGAACCUGCAACUACGCUGCCAGAAGUUCCAGAUGACGAAGUUGCUGAAAAGGCAAAAGAAAAGAAGAAGGCCACUAUCUCAAACAAUCUAGAAACUGUCCCUGAUGAUGAUCCCGAUAUGAAGCAAUUAUUGGCAUGGGCCAAUUAAAUAACCAUCUGGUAUUACAGUGAAUAUUCUUUACUCGAGUCUCUUGAGCAUCUUUUUAUCUAUCUCUAAGUCUAAAUAAAACUAAUUUGAAUUAUAAUUUGUGAUUGAUUUUAAAAUCCACCAAAA